UUUACCGAAUAUCUUUAUUAAAAAUAAUAUACCAGACAAUAAUUUGCAAUAAUAAUUUUACUCUUUCAUAUACCUCCAAUAUGUGUACACAGUUCAUAGAACAGGUUCAAAUCCUUAUGGAAGUACAACAAAUAAAAGCAAAUGAAAAAUUAUUUGGGAAAUCUAACUAUAUGUGGCUUUGCAGUAAAAAAGUCACAAUGCUUUAUAUGUCCACAAAAGAUGAAUUUAGAUUAAGACAAGCACUAAAUAAGAUAUCUGUAAAUGAACAAAUACAAGUUAUGAAGCAACUUCUCACAUGGCUUGAUCAUAAUCCCAACGCUCAAGCUUUGAAGAUACCCGAAAUAACUUUGAAACUUCUCGAGGACACAACCACCAAUAAAAUGUUGAGCGACGUAUCAUUCUCAAGAAUGAACAGUUUUCGAAAAAGUUUAAGAAGAUUUUCGUUGAGACCCAAUAAAAUUGAACCAACCACUUUUAAUAACAACCAAAAAAUUGGAAGAUCAGUCACAUUUAAGGAAGAACCAACUGUUUAUAGUAUUGUAGAAUAGGUGAACUAAUUCUGUUAUAAAUGAAGAAUUUGUGAACACAUGUUGGUAUUUGAUAAGAGUUAAUAUAUCAAAUAAACA